AGGUGUAUAAAGGACGGCGCCGGGCGGAGGAGGACACAGCAGACUGACACAGCAAGAAGAAAGAGGAAUACUUCUUUGUCUUGCAACAGCUUCUUAGACUCUCGUCUGCAGAGAGAAACUUCUUUAACAUCCACAAAAACAAUGGAGAACAUGAACGCACCAGCAGGAUCUGAGGACACCAAGCCCACCCCAGCUGAGUUCAAGCAGAAGGAGAGCAGGCAGUUCAAGAGCAAAGCUCCCAAAGCUGGACAGAAAGGCUUUAACAGCUCUCUGCCAGGGAUGGAGGGGCUUGAUGAUGCUGCGGUGAUCUGCCCCUGGGAGGAGUUUGGUGACGUGGAGCUGAGUGAUCUGGCUCAGUUUGGAACGGCCUAGAUCCUUCACAGCGCUGGAAACACAUCCAAGGGUCGGGCUUCCUCCUGGAGCGCAGCCGCUGAUGGACAGGAAGGUGCUCAAGGCUGCAGGAGUUGUUUCACCCACAGGCUCUGCAGCAGUUGAGCGUUUGUUUGUUUUUUGUUUUUUGUGUACAUUUUUCAGCCAAACAGCACUCUCAGAAACCCAUCUCUCUCACACAAUCAACGUGUUUGUAAAAUCUGAUUUUAAUGCACUGUGAUGAAACACAGCAUGGCACAGAAAGAGUUACCAGGUUGUCACCUUGUGAUGGAUUAAAAGCUUUGCAAAUGUUUGUAUGAAUGUGAGAAUUUGUACAAUAAAUCCAUUUUUUUCAGUCCA